AUGGCUACUUCUUACCCUUAUCUCUUGGAUAGUAUUCUGGCGCUGUCUGCGCUGCACUUGGCAGCCAUUGAAACCGAUAACCGUCAAAUGUGGCUGGAAGCCGCAAUGCGGUACCAAAGCCAAACUUGUGCCGGACUGGGAAAAUCUCUUCCCGAGAUCACAGACCAGCAGUAUGAGCCGGCUUUUGUGGCUUCUGUGUUCAUCAUUCUAUACGCCCAGGGGUUUCCCGUGAUUUCAAGCGAUACACACUCUGCGGAUGCAUUCUCAAGAGUAAUGGAAGUCCGCACAUUGAUCUCAGGAAGCGCUAUGUUUUUCACAAGACUCACCGAACUCGGGAUCGAAGGUCAGCUCGACGGGUGGCUGUGCCCGCCUGAUGCGGAGGAGACUUUAGAACCACCACAAACCAGCGACGUAAAAUAUGAAGACCGCGAACAAUUAUUCGACCUACACAAGAAAAUAAUGCAAUCCCUCAAUCAACUGGGAUCUAUCAUCGAAACACACGUAUCUCGUAACCAAGCAUUAUACACCGCUACAUUGCAAAUCCUGAAACAUGCCAUUGAGCCGUGGCCCAAGAUUGGCGCACACGGUGGAGUCAUUGCAUGGCCCCUUUUCAUCGACGAAGAGUUCGUUACAUUAGUCCAAGACGGAGACUGGUCUGCCCGUAUCUUGUUCUUACAUUAUGCUACUGCUAUGCGCCUUCUAUGCAAUCGGUGGUAUGUCAGGGAUUGGGGUCGACGGCUUGUACUUUCGACUAUACAACCGCUAGAAGAGAUCCCGCCGGUGUGGCACGAUACUAUUUCAUGGAUGAUGCAGGGCAUUGAGGUCGAUCAUGGGCCAUUGGCACACAGAAGUGUCAAAUCAGAAUAA